GCACGGCCUUCCCACUGGGAGCUCGCACUCACCAGCGGGAAGAACCCGGAAAGGAACCCUUGGAUCUCUGACAGAGAUCUUCCAAAGGGAAUAGAGGGAACCUUGGCGUGCGUGCCCCUUAGCGCUGCUCUGUGGAAAUGCCUCCUCAGCUGCAAAACGGCCUGAACUUCUCAGCCAAAGUUGUCCAGGGCGACCUCGACAGCCUGCCCCGGGCAGUGAGGGAGUUCGUGGAGAGCAGUGCCAAGGUGUGUCAGCCUGAGUACCUCCACAUCUGCGAUGGCUCCGAGGAGGAGAACAGGCGUCUCCUGGAGCACAUGGAGGAGCAGGGUGUCAUCAGGAGGCUGAGGAAGCACGACAACUGCUGGUUGGCACUCACUGACCCCAGGGAUGUGGCCAGGAUCGAAAGCAAGACGGUUAUCAUUACCCAAGAGCAAAGAGACACGGUGCCUAUCCCCAAAAGCGGCGUCAGCCAGCUGGGCCGCUGGAUGUCGGAGGAGGACUUCGAGAAAGCCUUCAACGCCCGAUUCCCGGAGUGCAUGAAAGGUCGCACCAUGUACGUCAUCCCCUACAGCAUGGGCCCCCUGGGCUCGCCACUGUCCAAAAUCGGCAUCCAGCUGACGGAUUCGCCCUACGUGGUGGCCAGCAUGCGCAUCAUGACGCGCAUGGGCACGUCCAUCCUGCAGGCGCUGGGCGACGGGGAGUUCGUCAAGUGCCUCCAUUCUGUGGGGUGCCCUUUGCCUUUAAAAAAGCCUCUGGUCAACAACUGGGCCUGUAACCCGGAGCUGACACUCGUCGCACACCUGCCGGACCACAGAGAGAUCAUCUCCUUUGGAAGCGGAUACGGCGGCAACUCGCUGCUCGGGAAGAAGUGCUUUGCCCUCAGGAUGGCCGGCCGGCUGGCCAAGGAGGAGGGGUGGCUGGCGGAGCACAUGCUGAUCCUGGGCAUAACCAACCCCGAGGGGGAGAAGAAGUACCUGGCGGCAGCGUUUCCCAGCGCCUGCGGGAAGACCAACCUGGCCAUGAUGACGCCCACCCUGCCCGGGUGGAAGGUCGAGUGUGUGGGGGACGACAUCGCCUGGAUGAAGUUUGACAACCAAGGUAACUUAAGGGCUAUCAACCCAGAAAACGGCUUUUUUGGUGUUGCUCCUGGAACCUCUGUGAAGACAAACCCCAAUGCCAUCAAGACCAUCCAGAAGAACACCAUCUUCACCAACGUGGCCGCGACCAGUGACGGGGGCUUUUACUGGGAGGGCAUCGACCAACCUCUGGCGCCAGGCGUCACGAUCACUUCCUGGAAGAACAAGGAGUGGAGCCCAGAGGACGGAGAACCUUGUGCCCACCCCAACUCGCGCUUCUGCACCCCGGCCAGCCAGUGCCCCAUCAUCGACCCCGCCUGGGAGUCUCCGGAGGGUGUGCCUAUCGAGGGCAUCAUCUUCGGAGGCCGCAGACCUGCUGGUGUCCCUCUAGUCUACGAAGCUCUCAGCUGGCAGCACGGGGUGUUUGUGGGGGCCGCCAUGAGAUCGGAGGCCACAGCCGCUGCGGAACACAAAGGCAAAAUCAUCAUGCAUGACCCCUUCGCCAUGCGGCCCUUCUUUGGCUACAACUUCGGCAAAUACCUGGCCCACUGGCUGAGCAUGGCGCAGCGCCCAGCGGCCAAGCUGCCAAGGAUCUUCCAUGUCAACUGGUUCCGGAAGGACAAGGAAGGCAGAUUCCUCUGGCCCGGCUAUGGAGAGAACUCCAGGGUGCUGGAGUGGAUGUUCAACCGCAUCAACGGGAAAGACAACGCCAAGCUCACGCCCAUAGGCUACGUCCCUGCGGAGGGCGCCCUGAACCUGAAAGGCCUGGGAGACAUCAACACGAAGGAGCUCUUCACCAUCUCCAAGGAGUUCUGGGAGAAGGAGGUGGAAGACGUCGAGAGUUACCUGGAGGACCAGGUCAAUGCCGACCUCCCCUAUGAGAUCGAGAGAGAGGUCCUCGCCCUGAAGCAACGGAUAAGCCAGAUGUAAUCAGAACCAGUGAGCUCAACCUUCAAAAUUGUCUCCUUUCCAAUCCGUAAAAAAGGUCGGGUUUUCCUGAAUCAACACUACCAGCGGCAUGAUCGUCACCACCCCAAUGAGCAGAUUCGAAAGGCACACUUUAAUGUUUUCAGAUAAAAACCACAGAGUACAGGCUAGUAGCUGAUGAGAUCGGGAAGGGAAAUCUUAGCACGUCUCCAAAAUUCAUAUCCGAUGCAUAUUUUGUUCAACUUUAACGUCACUCAGGCAUUUUGUCUUUUCAGUUUUUUUUCACUUUAGCUAUGUCAGUUAGCUAGAAUGCACAGAAAACAUACUUGAGCUGUAUAUAUGUGUGUGUGUGUGUGUGUGGUCUAUUUGUACAGGUGUAUCUGCGUGUACUGUUACCUGAAAUAUAUUUAAUACCUUUGGAAAAAUCUUGGGCAAGAUUACCUACUGGUUGUUGGUAGAAAGAAAUGUUGCUUUGUUAUUAAUAUGUGUGUUUAAAUUAUUUUUAUAUACCGUUUUUCCUUACCUUUACAUAAUUGCAAUUUUUCCACCUUACUACUUCUUGGGAAAAAAUUACAAAAUAAACUUUUAUAGAAAAGAUG